AUGGAUUUGGUUCAAAAUCUAUUCAAUGGAGGCUUACUAAAGAUACAAUGGAGAAGAAGAAGAUACCAACGUCUAGAUGGUACUGCAAGGAAGAACAUAAAGGUCACUAAGUUUGGUAGAAACGGCCAAAAGAGAACUUGGAGAAUUAAAGCAAUUCCAAAAUUGAAAUUGAAGAUUUUUUCACCAAUAAAGUUAUGGAACAAAUUCAAGAAUGCUUACAUGAAUAUGAUGCUUCACUUGGCUGGAAAUGUGAAUAAUGGGAAUAUGUUUGGUGCAAAAAGGAUUCCAAAGGCUAGGCAAGUUGAAUUGGCUUAUACAAAUACUGAGUUUGAAAACAGACUAAUAUAUGAGAUUUACAAGUCCAUGGUGCCUUCCAUGGAAUUGUAUCCAAAUCUAUAG